AUGGAAGCAUCUAGUUAAAGCGAUCUCUCAAUCGCUUCCUUGGCCACUAUCGAAGCCAUCGAUGAUGCCAUUCAAAAAGAUAAGAACCGAUAUGUACGCAAAGGUUAUGGAUUAAUCGUGGCCAUCUUCAUAGCUCUAUCCACUUAUUUGACAGUUCCUCACAUUAUGUUAUUUGUUCAUUCCUAUCUAGAAGGUAUGGAAGAAAUUAAAAUAUUCCUACUUGUUUAGUUGAGUACAACCAACCUAAGUUAUGUAAUUGGAAACAUUUACAUGUACAUCAUCUACUCUUUGAAAUUGCCAUUCUUCGAAAGAUAUAAAGUUGAUAAUAAUCCUUGGCCUUGGGAAAAGAGCUAGGAAUCAUGGAACCAAACCAAAAAGAAAGUUCUUCUUAAUUGGAUUCUUAAUUCCACAAUUUCCUCCCUCCUAACUGUUGGCAGUGUUUAUGGCGGCCAAAAGUUCAGACAUGAUUCUUCAAGUAUCCCAUCCUAUUUUGAACUGGCAUGGCAAAUAGCUUUUUGUAUGAUUGUAGAAGAUGCUUCCUUCUAUUGGUUGCAUCGAACUUUACACAGUCCAAGAUUUUACCACAUUCAUAAAAAACAUCACGAAUUCUAUAAUACCAUUAGUUUGGCUGCCGAGUAUUAACACCCAAUAGAAUUUGUACUAACUUCCACAGCCACAGCCCUGGGACCAUUACUUUUGGGUUCCCACAUGCAUGUGUAUACUUUGGGAUUCUGGUACAUUGUGAGAGUAUUUGAAACCAUCGAUGGACAUUGUGGCUAUGAGUUCUCCUGGUCCCCUUAUAGAUUAUUACCAUUCUCUGGUUCAUCAGAAUAUCACCAUUAUCAUCAUUCACAUAAUAUUGGAAAUUUCUCUAGUUUCUUCUAUUAUUGGGACACCCUCUGUGGAACCAAUAAGGACUACUUCAAUUUCAGAAAGGCAAGAAAUAAUGAAACAAAAUUAAAUUUGAUGAGGAAAGUUUACCAUUUGAAUUAAUAGAAAACCAAAACUUCAUGAAUAUUAUCUAAAUAUUAUGAUAGAAUAAAAAUCAUAUUAUUAAAAAAUUAA